CUCUCAUUAAAGUACCAUCUAAGUAAUAAUCAAAAAUGCAUAUUAAAAUAUUUUUAUUCCUAUUCUUAGGAGCUCAAAAUGUUUUGGGUAAAAAGAGUUUUACAAUUGUAAUGGACACGACAAAAUCAAUGGAAGACGAAAUAUAUUUUUUGAAAGUAAACAUAGCUUCUAUUGUAAAUUCAAUCAAAGGUCAACAAUUCUUCAAUUACAUCUUAAUACCAUUUGGCGAUGAAGAUGUAGAACCGCCAUUAAUAUCACCGACGCCGGAUGAACUAGUUGAUAUCAUACAAUACAUGGUCGCAAGUGGAGGCCAAGGUUGCCCGGAAAAUUCUUUAGGUGCUAUAGAGACGGCUUUGGAAGUGAGCUUACCAAAAUCAUACAUCUACGUCUUCACGGAUGCUGAAGCAAAGACUCACAGCCAACUAGAAAAUAUAAAACAACUCUGUCGAAUACGGCGAAGUCAGGUAAACAUUUUUAAAAGUGACGAAUGUGAACGAAACAAUUUGAAUCAAACAGAAAGAGACAAUAUUUAUUAUGAAAUCACCAGGAAUUGUGGCGGAAAUGUUUUUCGUUUAAACUUGGGUAAUUUACGAGACGUUUUUAAGUACAUCAAAGAAAUAACCAAAGUCGAUUGGAGUGACGUCAAUACGCAUGAGAAGUUUAAUAAUAACAAACAGUAUACCUUGACCAUUGAUACCUACACAAAGGAACUUAUUGUAGCCGUCUCUGGACAGUACCCGACAUUGCAAAUAUCAAAUAACUUCGGAGACAGUCCUCAUAUUGAAAAAAUUAUCGCCACUAAUUCUAUGCUUGUAAUUCGUAUACAAGUUGCGCAAUUAGGUGACUUCACAACUGAUGUAGGUUGCCAAGGAACGGGUAUAGUAACAUUUUACAGGAAAAGUGAAGUACAAUUUAAAUAUGGAUUCUCUCCUCUACAACCGAACAGUCUCCAAGAAACUGCAUCUCGGCCGAUACCAGGUCUAAUGAACUAUAUACUGAUAUCACUUCCGGUCGAUACGUCGUCCGAACUGGUAUCCGUUAAUAUACAAACAGUUGAUAACAAACUAACAUACGAUGACAAAAAAAUCGCACAUUACGCAGUUGAUGAAAGCAGGGGUCUUUAUCUUGUGCAAGCAUAUUUCGCGCCACAGACACCUUUCAAAAUAUCGAUAACAUGUCGAGACAAGAUGAAUUAUCAAGAAAUAACGGGUACCACCGCUCUUCUUCACCCGCAACAAACAUUAACCGUACCACGAAGAUUUACACCUAGAGCAGAAAUGAUACAACCAGAACCGGCUUUAAUAGACUUUGGAACUAGUUAUAAAACGGCCUGCAAAGUAUUCGGCUUUCCAACGCCAGUUAUUUGGUGGGAAAAUGAUUUGGAACAAAAAAUAACAUCUCAAAGCGCUCUACUUGAAAUGCCAUCUACUUAUAUAAGUUACGUAACAAUCGCCAAUACUACAAGAAACGGAACACUUACAUGUAAAUGUAGAAAUGAUGAAGGAAAUAACGAAGCAUCAGUCGAUGUGUUCGUCAACAGAACUUUCGUCUUUGAAGUAAUCCAGUAUCCAACAGAUAUGAACGUAGAAUACGGUACUGAAGGCAGGCUCUAUUGCGAAGUAAAUGCCUAUCCUGAAGCUGAAAUAAAAUGGUAUCACAAUGAUACAUUGAUUGAAGAAUCAGAAUACAUUAGUAUUUUACAAGACGAACACCUGCUUUUAAUAAAUAACAUGACAAUAAACACAGCGGGAGAAUAUAAAUGUGAAAUUGACAAUAAUAUUGAAACUAAAACUUAUUCGGCUGACGUUUAUGUAACUGGUCUAGAAGCGCCGAAAAUUGAAAUGCACGAUUUAGAGAUAAUUUUAAAACCAGGAGAUUGGACGGAACAACAAUGCACUAUCCUAAAGGGUAUACCGACACCCGAAGUGUCAUGGAAGUACAAAUUAAAUAGUGGUGACUUCGAUAAUCUUCCUGAAGGCGUAUUUGUAGAUGGAAAAUCAUUAAAAAUUGCGUCAGCUGAUAAAGAACAUGUCGGUUUUUAUGUUUGUGAAGCAUCAAAUAUUUUAGGAGUGGAUACGCAAGAAUUAUCGGUGAAAGUACAAUAUCCACCCAAAAUUAAAAACGGCGAUGAAGUUAAAGUUGUCAGAGAGGGCGAUUUCGUUGAACUACCGUGUGACGUAGAUGCUGUUCCUGAAGCAAAUGUUCAUUGGGACAUGUACCAUGAUGAUGUCAUCGUAGCCUUUGACGAGCACCACCAGACCGAUGAAGACUAUACUCAUAAAUUUUCCGCUCGUUCCAAUGACUCUGGUAUAUAUUAUUGUACAGCUGAAAAUAGCAUGGGACGUUCUGUAAGAACCGUUACACUGAAUGUUCUAGUGGCUACAUAUAUAGAACCUUUGCCAUGGAAAUCUUUGACAGUUCGAACUGGAGCAACCGUUGUAUUGACUUGUGAUAUUACCUUCGGAAACCCUAUUCCUACUUCAAGAUGGCAGUAUGUGGCCAAUAACUCAGAUACUGUUGUUUUGUUAAGGGGACAUUCUGCAGGCAAACUGAAUUUAGUUUUAAACGACGUUACACGGAGACAUGAGGGCACUUACCAAUGUGUAGCAGAAAAUGAAAUCGGACCUGACUCCGUAAAAGUUUAUCUUAAAGUACUAUAAUCAUUAAAAAUUAGUCAAGUAUAAUUAUUCAAUAAAAACCUUUUA